AUGUCUAACGUUAGUGAUCGAGACCUGUCUCUGAAAUACCUGACCAACAAAGAGAAAACUAAGGUACUAUUUGCCGAGGCCAACAUCGAUUUUGUCAACGUUUUGCUAAGCUUCCUCACGCUGCCUCUAGGAAAAAUCGUCAAGAUUCUCAAUCAUUAUGAGGCGGCAGACGAAAUCGGAAGCUUAAAUGGCUUGUACAAAGGUUUGUCUGAUCUCGACAUCUCCCAUUUCAGUGUCCCAGGCCGCAAGGAUAUGUUGCUUGAUCCGCGAAGCUCUUUUCGAGCCGAAUGCAGUAAACUGAAGAUUGAUAUCACUUAUUGCUACCCCGAGGAAUACUUCGUUUGUCAGGAUGAAAAAUGUAAACUGUUAGUUUCCAAUAAUAUAAGCUUGUAUUCUGAUGUAGCCAAGUGUGGUUGUGGGAAACCGUUGAACCGAGAAAUAGAAGACGAGAAUAGUUCCGAUGAUUGUUUGGAAUGUGGACCUUUCGUAGUCAAUCCGUUGGACUCUUUCAUCAUCAGUGAUGAUCUGUGCGUGGCUCCGGUCACAACCGGAAUCAUUCAAACGCUCAAUGAUCUUGGCAUUGCAUACGCUCAAGGUGGAGAGUUCAUGACUUUGAACUUGGGUACUGAUGAGAUUAUGGAUUUGCUCAAGUUUUCUUUAACAUCUACAACUCCUUUGACGGACGUUAUCCUGAAGAGAACUUCGGCAAAACGGCAACCUGAAAUAUCAUUUACCGGUAAUUGGAAAGUCGAUGCACACUCGAGAAAAAUUCCUUUGAAAUUGUGUGUGCAGAAAUCGACAAACAAAUGUCUGUUUGCACAAGCUACAGAUGAGUUUGUAGAGCUUCUGUUUAGUUUCCUCACUGUUCCUUUAGGAGGAGUUGAGUAUCUCUUGGGAGGCAAGAUCGGUAUCAAAAAUAUUGACAAUUUGUACUCGAGCAUAUCGACCGGCAUUCAUGAUGAGUAUUUCACAUCUUCAGAUGUUAAAAACAGGCUGAUUAAUCCCAAGCUACCUCAUGGCUACAUUGUCAUCAAUCAUUUUCUACCCCUCAGCGAAGAAGGUCCUCUUAAAUUGUAUCUCAAAUUCGAAGAUGAUGAUGAUGGAGAAUUUUUUUCGUUGUUCAAGGCAAGCAAGAAAAACUAUGUGAAGAAACAAACGAUAUGUUUCAUCACUGAUGAUCUAAAGAUGAGUACUAGUGUUGCUACUGGCAUUUCGAUUAUCAAUCGUCUCGGAAUUCCUAUGGAAGAUGUGAAAGAAAUGGAGUUUGACAUUGGUCUCCAUGAGGCGCUGUGUAUACUGAAAGCUUCUCUUACAUCGAAAAUGACUUUCACCGAAGCUCUCAUCAAACCCUUGCUUUACAACGCCAAUCCGAGCAAGGAAGAUGAGUCCUCUUCUAAUGUUUCGUUUGGUUCAAUCUUUGCAAUGCCAAUACCAUGA